AAGGCCAACCAUGUCGGCCCCUUCCCAAGAAUUCCAAGAAAGUGAAUCACUUCAAUAUACAGGUGAAUUGUACGAAAAUGAAUUGAAUCCAGAUGAUUUAUACAUAGACGAAUCCUACCAAGAUGAAUCAUAUUUAAAUGAGUUAUACCAAGCUGAAUUAUACCUGGACGAACACCCUAAAGAAUGCCCUAAAGAACGCCCUGAAGAACACCCUGAAGAGCGCCCUGAAGAGCGUUCUAAAGAAUGCUUUGAAGAACGCCCUGACGAAUCGCGCCCUAAUAAAUCAUCAUCUCAAGG